AAACUUUAACUUAUGGAUCUUUCAACUAUCAUUAUUACCUAAAUAAGUUAAUUACUAAGCCUAAUUGGUGUUACUGAUGUUAGAUGUUUUAUGCGCAGAAUGUUGUGGACUUUGUAAAGUAGUUUCAGAAAUAAUUAAUUGGGCAAAAUACUUUCAACAUGAAAAAUUUGAAAACAAAGCCUGACUUGCCUAGUGAAAAUUCUGAUAAACCAUAUUCAAAUUUCUUUUCUUGGAGAAGAAAGUUAAAGAAUCAGAUACUAUCCUCAUGUUUGUCUUCUUCCCAUUUUGAAAAAGAAUACGAACAAUUGCGAUAUGUUUUGGAAAGAACUAUCAAAUAUGGGGAGAGUGAUUCUGCCUUGAUAAUUGGAUUCAAAGGAGUUGGAAAAACCUUGCUUCUCAAUAGUGCACUGAAAUCGUUCAAAGACACUGUUGAGAAUGACUUCAUUACUGUGCAAUUAAAUGGGCUGGUCCACAUGGACGACAAUUUGGCACUGAAAGAAAUCAUUGGUCAGCUUCAUCUGGAUGAACUUGAAGGGGACAGAGUAGCAGGAUCUUUCUCAGACAACUUGUUGUUCCUCUUGCACAGCCUAAAGACCGGAGAUAAAGAAACAUCCAAACCUGUGAUUUUUAUCCUGGAUGAGUUUCAUUUGUUUUGUUAUCACCGAAAUCAAACUUUACUCUACAACCUCUUUGAGGCAGCACAAGCAAGUUAUGCUCCAAUUUGUGUGGUGGGAAUGACAACACGCAUAGACGUCACUGAGUUGUUAGAAAAGCGAGUCAAGUCACGAUUUUCCCACAGGACGAUUCUUCUGCUUCCUGCUCCAACAGAUAUAGAAAGGAUGCAGUUGUUUAAGUCAUUAUUGUGUAUAGAAAGUGAAUCUGGUCGGAGAAAAGAUAAAUUCGUCCAAAACUGGAACUCCUCGGUGAACAAUUUGUGUGGCAAUAGUGAAGUGAAAGAAGUUGUAGAAAAACUGUUAUUCCAUGAUAUUAGUGAGAAAUCAUUUCGAUCAUUUUUGUUGUAUCUUGUAAGCCAACUGUCUGUCUCCAAUACCACAGGCGCUUCACUAACUGCUGAAGAUGUGUUGGAAUGUUAUGAGAACUGGUCUCAAGAUGACAAGGUGUCUAUUCUUCAGGGGCUUUCAACAUUAGAACUUUGCUUGGUGAUAGCUAUUUGCCAUCAAAUGGAGCUGUAUGAUGAAGUGCCAUUCAACUUUGAGAUGAUUUUACAAAGAUAUCUCAACUUUGCAAGGCAGUCACAUAGUGUCAAGAUAGGUGAAAGAUCCGUUAUACUUAAAGCAUUUGAAAGGAUUCAGGCACUGGAGUUAAUUAUUCCCGUAAGCGGUAUGGCUGGUCGCAGUGGGUUGAAGGAAUACCAAAUGUACAACUUUAUACUUAGGAAGGAUCAGGUACAAAAAGCCAUUCAAGCUUAUCCUGGUUUGCAAACGGAUGUUAUUCAGUGGUCCAAAAGUAGUCUUGAUUGAGCCAGCGUGUGUUCGCUUUAAGAGUGUGUACUUAUUUAUUUGAUACGAUUUUUACAAAUGUGAAUAAAAGUUUGUUAAUUUGAUAA